AUGAAGUCGUGUGCGUCUCGCUGCAAUGAGAACUUCAGCCGGGAUGCUGCCUGUCAGUGUGACCGCCGGUGCUCGCGACACGGGGACUGCUGUGCGGACUACGCGCACCUGUGCACUGCUGAAGGAGGCCCCUCAGAGCCAAAGGAGGAGUUGCUGGAGGAAGAGGCCCCAGACAGCCACCUGUACUCCGCACCGAGCUCCUGCCAGGGCCGCUGCCUGGAAGCCUUUGAUAGACACCACCCCUGUCACUGCAACGACCGUUGUCAAGAGUUUGGGAACUGCUGUGAGGAUUUUGAGAGCCUGUGUGGUGACCAUGAGGGCUUCUCCCGCAGCAGUGAUGCCAUAACCCAAGAGGAGCUGCAGAGCGUCUCUGAGAAAAUCUACAGCGUGGACAGCAACAAAGCCCAGAAGAAAGACAUCAUCCUCAAUAGCCAAAACCGCAUUUCCCCAGCAGAGGCCGGAGACCAAGUGGACCGCUGCCCAGAGCCGCUCUUCACUUAUGUCAACGAGCAGCUGUUUUCCAAGCCCACCUAUGCGGCCUUCAUCAACUUACUCAACAAUUACCAGCGGGCCACAGGCCACGGGGAGCACUUCAGUGCCCAGCAGCUGGCUGAGCAGGGCGUCUUCCUCAGGGAGGUCAUGAAGACGGCCGUCAUGAGGGAGCUCUAUGGCUUCCUCUACCAUCAGCACCGCUACAGCUCAGAACAAGAGUUUGUGGAUGACUUGAAGAACAUGUGGUUUGGGCUCUAUUCAAGAGGCAAUGGAGAAAGGGACUCAAGUGGCUUUGAGCACGUCUUCUCAGGUGAGGUCAAAAAGGGCAAGGUCGCUGGCUUCCAUAACUGGAUCCGCUUCUACCUGCAGGAGAAGGAGGGUCUUGUCGACUAUUACAGUCACAACUACGAUGGGCCUUGGGAUUCCUACCCUGAUGUCUUAGCCAUGCAAUUCAACUGGGACGGCUACUAUAAGGAAGUGGGCUCGGCUUUCAUAGGUAGCAGCCCUGAGUUUGAGUUUGCCCUCUACUCCCUGUGCUUCAUCGCCAGACCAGGCAAAACGUGCCAGUUAAGUCUGGGUGGCUAUCCUUUGGCCAUACAGACCUACACCUGGGACAAGACUACCUACGGAAAUGGCAAGAAGUACAUCGCCACAGCCUACAUUAUAUCUUCCACUCAGUAGAGCUUUCAGGCAGAAGGGCCAUGAGGGCAGUGGGCCAUGUAGGAUCUAGGUGCCAUCUGCUCUCACUGGAGAGGGAAGGGAGGAGCCUGGGAGGGAACACCAAAGCCCACAUUUAUAAAAGGUGCUUUCAAAUCCAGAAAUGCCCAUGUGGCAGACAGAAAAGAUACAAAUUUGAAAAUGCAGAGAAACAGUGAAACUUUUGUCUUUUAGCAACAUGACUAAGAAAGAGUCCCUCUCUCCAGAGAAGAUGCCAACUCUUGGUAGCUCUUUGCUCUGAAGUGUUAGACUAUGAGCAAGUCCUUGGCCUAAUGGGCACCUUUAAUGUGAAGGGGAGGGGUCUUCCCCUUCUCCUAUUUGUCGGUUGAGGAGAGGACAAAGCUGACAAUAUCAUGACUUUGAAGUGUCUUCAAUUGUUCAUUGGUGGAAUGGCUGGCAGAAAUUUAGGGUUAUUGUAAUGGCUACUACUGGACACAGUUCUGCAAACUGGAAUUCAGCCACAUGUUGGUUCCCAAGGAAGUUGGGUCACAGAACCAAGACCUGUGGUCUUUCUAGGUUAGAUCCUAUUGAACAGAGUCUGGAAGAAUCCAGCAUGGGACAGAGCAGGGUAAUGGGUUGGGGCAAUGAGUGGUUUGAGGCAGAUGGUCUCUUUCAGGCUGGAGUAUUUUUGUAGUCAGCUAAGUAUCUGCUCCUAGAAGUUUCCCAUUAGUAGAUGUUUAGUGCAGUUACAGAUACAUGUUUUGAUUUCACACAAUAUUUUAUCUUAUUUUAUUUUUUGGUUUUUCAAGGUAGGGUUUCACUCUAAUCCAGGCUGACCUGGAAUUCACUAUGUAGUGAAUUGUAGUUUCAGGGUGGCCUUGAACUCACAGUGAUCCUCCUACCUCUGCCUCCUGAGUGCUGGGACUAAAAGCGUGCACCACCACACCAGACUUACAUAGUAUUUUUGUUAUUUUGAACUAGCCAUCUUAAUAGGAGGAAGAUUUAGCAUCAGAGGAAGAAAAUAAUUUAUACUUUGGUGUUAUUGACAAUUACAUUAAGGUUUAUCCAUCUUCCAUAAUUUGAAAAGUUCUAGGAUGGGAGAGGAGGGUGACAAUGGCUCCUUAUCUCAACUGCAAUGAUGCGUUUCUCCUGAGUCCACUGGGAGCCAGAUGCUGCCCACAGAGCCAGGCUUGCACCAUGCUUAGAGACCUCACGUUUCCAAUUAAAGUCAAUGAAGAGAACCAGAAA